AUGAUUUAUUACUUGUCAAGGGGCCGAAUAGAAGCGGUGGAAGCUGAAGAUGUUGAUGUUAGUUUCCAACACUACUCAAUCCAUCUGAUAUGUUGCNNNNUCUGUGUAUGGUCUGAGUGCUAA